AUGGCUUCGCCGACGCCCGACGCUCCUGCGCCGGACACCAAAUCGCACGAUUCGACGUCGGAAAAGGAGCAGAAGUCUGAAGUUAAUGGUCAUGCGACACCCGAUGAGUCCAAGGGCACAUCUGAGCCCCCGACAGUUAAUGGAAAUGAAAAGUCGGACGAUCACCCUACGUCAAACGGCGUCACUAAGGAUGUUGAGAUGGGAGAUGCCGAGAAUCAAAGAAAGCCAUCCACAGACUCACCAUCGGGCAAGGAUGGCGAGGGCGCAAACGGGGAUAAGCCUGCAGGUGAGAGUCAGUCGGAGCAAUCAAACGACAAACCCAAGCCAUCAGCUUCUGCUUCAGAAGAUGUGGAUAUGACGGAUGCCGCACCCGCGCAGGACAAGUCUCAGGACGAUAAGCCUGCCCCCGAGAAGGAAUCCAAGGACGUCGAAAUGUCGGAGAAGCCUUCUGGCCCUGCUGAAAAGGUCAACGGAACCGACAAGACACCACCCUCCUCCAACGACACCGCACUCCCCACAUCCGAAGUUGACUUGCAGCCCGCCAGCCUAUCUCAGCUUGCCAUCGAAUCCGAACCCACUGCCCCCAAGCCUUCCAUCGAGGUCGCCAUGGAGGAUGCGCCUAGUGCCGUCAAGGUUGCUCGUGAACGCGAGGACGACAUCACGGAUGAGCCUGCGCCCAAGCGAGCCAAGACAGAGCCCAACUCGGAGGAACCUGCACCAUCCACCAGCGCCCCCAAGGCUGAGACAGCGCCUGCCGAGUCUGCCUCCCAGCAGACAGAGUCUCCGUUCGCCUCGCUCAACCGAUGGAAUGACAAGGAGUUGAUACGCCAAACCCUCACCCCGUUCCAACGUCGUGAGUUCCGCAAGGUGCUUGGACGUGUGAAGAAGACCAAAUCUGGCGGUCACUUCAGGGAUUCGGUCCCAAAACUAUGGCCUUCACUGGCGCAAAGCUAUCUCGCUAAGAUCGAGAAGCCCACCGAUUUGUCCGAGAUUGACCGAACACUGCGGGAUGUCAACGGUGUAUAUACCACGGUUGGGGAUUUCCAGGCCGAUCUGCUCCUCAUGUACAACAACACUCGAGACUUCAAUGGCGAAUUGCAUGAAGUCACCAGUGCUGCCUUUAAUGCCAUCCGAGGUGUCUGGGAAGACAUUGUCCACAUCCCCCAGGAGGAGCCAGCCAAACCCAAGCCGGCGCCAAAGCAGAAGAUUCCUCGCGGACCACGCACCGUCGCACACGGGGAUCCGGUCAUUCGUAAGCAGUCUGCUGGACCCAGCGCGAGCCCUACCGUGGGGAGCCCUGCCCCGAGACCAGCUCCCGCGGCUCCAGACAAUGCUGCUCAAGUGCGUCGUGCCUCCAACGCCACCGAUGGAGAUCGGCCCAAGCGGACUGUACGUGCCCCGAAGCCGAAGGAUAUUGACUACUCCACCAAGCCUUCUCGUAAGAAGCUCAAGCCCGAGCUUCAGUUCUCUGAGGAGGUUCUGGCCGACCUGAUGCACCCCAAGAACAAGAACCUCAACUCGUGGUUCAUGGACGCUGUCGAUGCGGAAGGUCUCAACAUCCCCCACUACUACUCCAUCAUCAAGAAGCCCAUGGAUCUUAGCAAAGUGUCGCGCAUGCUGGCAAAUGGUGAAAUCACCAGCCUAAAAGAAUUCGACAAGAAUAUCGCAUUGAUAUUCCAAAACUGCUAUGCCUUCAACGGAGACGUGAAUCAGGGCAACCCGGUGUCGUAUCUGGCGUCGCAGCUUGAAGCCCACUACAAAUCCCUGAUGAAGACAAAGGACUCGUGGUUGGCCAAGCAUGCCAAGGCCAACGCUCCUCCUGCAGCCUCCCAUGCGAGCGACGAGGAGGAGGAAGAGUUCGACGCCGAGGGCGAGGAGGCUACUGCCAACCCAGGCGUUGAUCCGUCCAAGGAAGUGCGCGAGUUGGAAGCCAAGCUGCGUGAAGAAAGCGAAAAGCUCACGGAUCUGUUUGCUGGUGAUUCGCCCAAUCAGAGCCUCAUCACUGUGCAGCAAGGUAUCCUGAGCAUGAUCCAGGAGGCUCUCCUCAAAGCGAAGCAGAACCUCAGCGACUACCGGCAGAAGCAUGACAAGCCGGCCAAGAAGGCGAGCAAGCCGAGCAAGCCCAAGCCCGCCAGCUCUGCCUCGCGUAAACCCACGAGUCACCCCGCGCAUCCCAAGAAGUCUGGAGGCACCAAAAAGGCGGCGCCCAAGAAGAGUCUGACAGCGGCGGAUAAGGACACCAUUGCCAACGCCAUCAACGAUCUCGAGUACCCAUAUCUCGAUCGCGCCAUCGACAUUAUCAAGCGCGACACGGGUCAGAACGAGAACAAUGAUGGUGAGCUGGAGCUUGACAUAGACCAGCUUAGCAACGAUGCCCUACUUAAGCUGUGGGAGCUCUGCAAGAAGGUGUUGCCUGGGUUCGGAAAGGACUCGAGCGCGGCCGCAGUAUCCUCGCCAGAGACUACGCGAGCGCCUGCGCCCAAGCCGUCCAAGUCGUCGUCGACAUCGGCCAAGCCCAAGAAGAACAAGCCCAUGAGUGCCCGUGAACAAGAGGAGCGCAUCGCGCAGCUUCGGGGACUCCGAGACCUAUAUAGGCCAGGUCAAGAGCCGUCUGAGUCCCAGCCCGUGCUGCAGGCACCCACUCCCACCGCCGAGUCCAGUGAUGAGUCGGAUUCGGAGGAGGAGUAA